CGGAAAUUAGGCGACAAAAGCACUUCCGGGAUAGCAAAGGUCGGCCCCUGCAAGAUGGCGGCCCCCUUGGAGCUCAGCUGCUGGGGAGGCGGCUGGGGGCUCCCAUCCGUGCACAGCGAGUCCCUGGUGGUGAUGGCUUACGCCAAAUUUUCUGGUGCACCCCUAAAAGUCAAUGUCAUAGAUAACACCUGGAAAGGUUCAAGAGGAGAUGUACCAGUUUUGACAACUGAAGACAACAUUGUUUCUCAGCCGGCAAAAAUACUAAACUUUUUAAGAAAACAGAAAUAUAAUGCUGAUUAUGAACUCUCUGCAAAACAAGGGGCAGAUACCCUGGCUUACAUUGCUCUCCUUGAAGAGAAGCUUCUUCCUGCAGUGCUUCACACUUUCUGGGUUGAGAGUGACAACUACUUUACUGUGACAAAGCCUUGGUUUGCUUCACGAAUUCCUUUUCCCUUGAGUUUGAUCCUGCCUGGAAGAAUGUCUAAGGGAGCUCUGAAUAGGAUUCUCCUGACCAGAGGAGUGCCUCCGCUCUACCACCUCCGAGAAGUAGAAGCUCAGAUAUACAGAGAUGCCAAGGAGUGCCUAAAUCUUCUGUCAAACAGAUUGGGAACAUCUCAGUUUUUCUUUGGAGAUACGCCUUCUACCUUGGAUGCCUAUGUGUUUGGUUAUCUUGCACCUCUUUAUAAAGUACGCUUUCCUAAAGUUCAGUUACAAGAACAUUUGAAACAGCUUUUCAACCUGUGUCGAUUUUGUGAUGACAUCCUAAACAGUUAUUUUAGGCUUAGUCUUGGAGGCAUCUCUCCUGCUGGACCAGAAACGGUAGAUGCAAAUCUGCAGAAACUCACACAACUUGUAAAUAAGGAAUCCAACUUGAUUGAAAAGUAUAAAUCCCAUGUACCUCUGCUGAAACAUUUCCUCUAUGCUUUACAAAAGCAUCUUGAGAAGAUAAGGGAUUUGCUCUGCACAUAUUUAGAACUCCAGAAAAGCCUGCCUAUCACCUAUCAAGUGGAUGGAUGACAAUCUUCGCCAAAGCCCUCAGCUUCCUCCUCGGAAACUGCCAACACUUAAACUGACUCCAGCAGAAGAAGAAAGUAAUUCCAUACAACGGCUAUCCCCCUGACACUGGUUAUGCUUUGUAUUCAAGUCUCAUAAUUGUCGCAGUCAUUCUUACACUAAGCGUGCGAGGGAAAAAAAGAAAAUGUUUUACAUAGGUAUAAGGAAGAUUCUAAAACAAAAGAAAUUUUCUAUGACAGCAGUUUUUUUUUAGUUAGGAAGCUUAUGUUUUAGCUUGGCAAUGCACUUUAAAAACAUCCAUGUGAAUGCUAAAUGAACUUGGGGGGGGGGAGAAAACACAUUGUACUGUACAUAAAAACCUGCCUUAACCUUGGCAGAUUUUUGCCUUUGGUUCACAUGUUGUUGACCAAAAGCUACACUUCUCUUCUGAAUGUGCACUCUUAAUUUAUUUAGUUAAUUUAUUAAUUUAGUUUCCUUAGACCAGUUUGAAUAUCUAAUAUGUGGCUCUUUGGCUGAGGCCUUUUUCUUAUCUUUAGAAAUAUGAUGCCUAAAUUAGACUUUAGGAAAAAUAUAUUAUUCUAAUAUUCCAUUUAUUUCAAUAGAAAAACCUGUAUUUAACUUUAAAAAGCAAUGAGGAAUGUGUUUUAUAAUUAUGUUCUCAUAAGUCUAAUCUUUUUUUGGGGGGUGCUACCAGAUACAUAUAUAGUAAAGGUGAUUAUAUGUAAUAUUUGUCUGACUAUAUGCACUUCUGUAUAACAGUAUUUGCUGAUGUGUUCAAUAUAGGUUAGCAAGGGCUCUUUCAGUUCAUUGGAGCUUUAAAUUUGUGUAUUUGUAAUACAUCUUUAAGUCUAGUCAUUUCUUUCUUGGAAUGAUUUCAGGAGAGCUGAAUGGGUUGGUCAUCGUUAUUCUGCCUGAUUGUAAAGUCUUCUUGACAAUUGCCCAGUUGUUAGACCCUACUCAGGAGGAGCCCACUGCCAGAGUAACAAGUCCCUACUGGGUGUCUGGUCCAAGUUCACCAUGCUUGGCUCAGACCAGUGUUCUUUCAUAAGAAACCUAUCAUGUAGUCAAAAGCUUUAUGACAACUAAUAUUUUCCAUAGAGAUUUAACUACAGUUGAAGUAGCCAGUGGAAUAAUCGGAAAUGGCAGUAGAUUUUUAAGAACAUUUUCUGUUUAUUGGUUGCUGAGCUGUUAAAGGAUUUGCUGUGCAGGUAAUUUUACUUAUAGUAGACUCCUGCUUAUUUUAGUGGCUGAGGUGCUUCUGUUGUCCUAAAAUCACUUCUGGGGUUUUUAAAAUAUAGGACCAUGUUUUUGAUUAGUGUCUUAAAAGAUUAUUAUGGUGCUCGGCAAAUCUAUCACGUCCUGCAGGAACCCCCGUGUUAAGGAAACAGCUUUGUAGUCAGGAGACUCGUCUAAUUUGAGCUGAGUGGAGCUCAGCUGUGUUUGACCUGCAUCCUCUCAAUGUGUUCUGUAUUUAAGAAUCUAUUUAUGCAGGAGUCUUUAAGUCACUGUAAAUAUUUUUUCUUGAAAGUUUUAAUUAAAUGAGAAUCAUGGUAGUCUUCAAAAUCUUGUUCAUCUGUUUGGAUGCAUUGAGGGAAAGUAACUAGUAAUUUUGACUUCUGCAACAGGGAGGGGCGGAGAGAGCGAGCACGAGCGUGUGCAUGAGUGUGUGUGUGUGUGUGUGUUAUGUGUGUUAUGUGUCAGUUUUCUAUCCAGCCAUCAGAAAUCUAUAUGAGUUUUCUAUGCUGGGAAUCAUGACUGCAGAACAGUAUUCUCUAGGACUGAUGGAUAUUGGAAAAGGGUGGUUAGCACAUUAAUCUGUUUAUGCUUUAGUCAGGGUUAGCAAUUUUCAAUUAUGAUUUCUACUAAAACUUCCAAGAAGUACUUGAAGUGGCUAACAAUCCUCAAACACAUGUAAAACAGAACAAUUAAAAUUAGUUUUAGGAAAAAUAAAAAAUUGGUGGGAGAAGGAACUAUAUUAACCCCAAAAGAUUCUAAAAUCAAAUGGUAAAUUUAAAUCUAAGUUUCUUCAUGGGCAAAGUCAAAAGAGAAUACUCAGUUUUGUAAAUUUUUCUGUCCAUAAAACCAUUAAUGUCCAGGAGUAAGAAAAAUAUGCGUACAUUUUUAUAAGAACGGGAGAGAUCAUGUUCUUACGACACAGUGAUGCAGCCAGUAAGUAUACUGUCAUGUUUGAUGUGUAGAAAGUUUAACCAAAAGAUAGCAUUUUAGGAUAGCAAGUAUUUGUCCCUUUUUAGUAGAAAAAAACUACUGUAAAUAUGAUUUAUUUCCUUUUGGUCCUUCCAGCUUUGAAUUACCUUUAGCUGUAUGCUAUCUAUGCCAGGAUGCUUUCAGACUAUCUUUUCUAGAAUGCAGAGUGUGAUUUAGUUGAGAAUUUCUGUGUUGGGUUCCUUAGUUGAGUUUUUUUGGUAUAAGCCAAUGAGCUAUAGGACUGAGCACAGACCACUCCAGGGAUCAGCCACACACACAGGAAGUGCUAAGCUAACGAGACGCUAGGAAGCUAUGACUGAGCACAAAUCACUCCAGGGAUCAGCCACACAUACAGGAGGCACUUGGAACUCCUGUGCACAGAGAUCAGAGAGCUUGUGACCAACCUGUCAGGAUCUGCUUUGGAUAAAGUUGAAGUUUGCUGAGAUAAAUGGUCCACAGUCUUGAAAUACUAUGAGCCCCUUUCUUUUGGUAGAGGAUAAUAUGAUAAAAGGGACUUUGUUGUGUUUAUAUUUAUUGGUACUAAAGGAUUAGAAAAUUGGUCAGAUAAUUCCUAUAAGGUAAAGAUCUUCCAUCAACAAACUGCCAUCCAUCAUCCAUAAGGCCAACCAUUCUCUUAACUCCAAAGAUACUAUGAAGAAUGUUGAGGAUAACAAUGUUUUUUCCCCCUAAAAGGUUGAUAUUGACACGUAAUGAAUCAGAUUUCAACCUGGGUAUGUUUUUUGAGGACCAGAGGAUUGGCGAUUUUACGUUAAAUCCAAAGUCUUUUGAUUUCCAUUUGUAAUUUCUGUUCACUUAUACUGCUAGAUGUAUUAACAUAAAAGAACAGGAAAUCUUACUUCAAUCAGCUGAGUUAGAGUUUUCAGAAGUCUGGAGAAACGGAAAACAACUAGACAUUAAAGAGGCAAAAAUUGGUGAAGUGAUGGUAUCUCAGAAAACCAAUUUUUAAAGAUGGCAUCGUGUGAUAGAAGUGGUAGUUGAAGUCGGAGUAUGUUUUCUUAGAGCCUCUUCUAGGAAGAGACAUUCACCACAUCUAUUAGUUUUUUGACAGUUUUUCAUAAGGUGUCAAAAAUUGUAUCCCCUCUAAAACCAAAAUAUAAAUGCUUAAAUGUAAAGAGAAGCAGCUGAGGGAUGGCUACACAGGAACUCUCUGUGCUAUUUCUGCAACUUCUUGUGACUCUCUAUUUCAAAAUAAAAGGGCUUUAAAAAAUAAAUUCAGUAAAUUUUACCAUUGUCUACAUAAACGAUGAUUAAAAAUGUAAUGCUUCAAACAUAGUAUUCAGUAUUUAGUUGCAAAUAAAUGCAUAAUUUAAAUAUAAUUUAUUUCAUUCUUGAGUUUAAAGAAAAAACUCAGGUUUGCAGCAAAUGAUUAAAGAUCUAUUUUGCCUUAUCAUCAAAGAACAAGAUAAAUCCAAGAACCCCUUUUCCCUAGGAUAUUUAAAAUCCUAUGAUUUUAUGUUUGUAAUUAUAUAUUUUUCUUCCUGUGGUUUACAUUUGAGGAUAAGGUGUUUUCAAAAAAGCUCUUCCACGGCUCCUUCACUUUGCAUGUGUUCUCUUAUGACACUAGGACCAUGCUUGGAUGAAGAAAGUUUGGCAUGUCUACAUGCUUUUUGUUUUAGGCUCACAGGGAUUGAGUGAAUGACUUUGUCUUGGUUUGGUUAUUUAUAUAAUUGAAAUCCUGAGCAGAGCCACAUAGUGUAUUUGGGUUUUGAGGAUGGUCUUUUGUAUAUGUUGUUGGCAUUAAGAAUUAUCCUUUGCUGGCGAUCCCGUUGUGGUGCAGUGGUUAAUGAACCCGACUAGGAACCAUGAGGUGUCAGGUUCAAUCCCUGGCCUUGGUCAGUGGGUUAAGGAUCCGGCAUUGCCCGAGAGCUGUGGGGUAGGUCACAGACGAGGCUCAGAUCCCACGUUUCUGUGGCUGUGGCUGGCGGCUAAAGCUCCGAUUAGACCCCUAGCCUGGGAACCUCCAUAUGCCUUGGGAGUGGCCCUAGAAAGGGCAAAAAGACAAAAAAAAAAAAAAAAAAAAAACCAAAAAAAAAAACCAACAAACAAACAAAAAAACAACAACAAAAAAAGGGAAUUAUCCUUUGCCUUUUUUUCUUUUUCAGCUCUGUGGAAUUUAUAGUUACUUUUCAAUGUUUUCACAUUUCUUAAGCAGAUUAUUAAGAAAUUUGUUGUUAGUUACAUGAACCAAAAAGUCUCAAAGGUUUAAUGGAAGUUUCACUAGAUCUUCAGAAUGUUGAUUUUCACAGAGGUGUGAAAGAUGAAGUGAUUUCCUAUUUUUUUUUUUUUUUUAAGAGUCUCAAAUUUUUUAGCCCAAAACUCUCGUUGGGGUAUGUUGGCUAGAAGCCCAGGUUACCUGCCCUAGACUUAAAAUUAUUUGUUUGAGGUGCAGAAGUAUUCUCUGAAUCAAAAAGCAUACAAAAAUUAUGUGUUCUAGAUGAGGAGGCCAGUGAUUACUGAUGAGAAUUUACAUUCUUGAAUAGUGAUAGAAGAAAGGGUAACUUUGAGCCAGAUGUUUGUAAAUAGAGAGGGGAGUGUUAUGACAGAAGUCUGUUCAGAGCAAAACGAGAGAGCGUCUUUUAAAAAUGCAGGAAAAUAAGUCUUUUGUAUCCUUAUUAUUAAUUUGGAAUUAUAGUAUUUUUUAAAAACUGUAUUUUAGUUCUUUGGAGAAGCAGUUCACGAUAUUAUUUUGGCAGAAUAUAUUGUUAUUAUGUGAACAGAGGGUUCUUUGGCCACAUAAGUUUGGGAAAUGCUAGGUUAGACAAAGUUACUGUAGGCUUUUCAGAACCUUAGAUAUGCUGUUAUGUUGUUUCACACUCUAAGAAGGACUUGUAUUCUAUACAUCAUUUCCCUAAGUUUUUUUUUUUUUUUUUUUUUUUUUUCUUUUUAUGGCUGCACCUGCAACAUGUGCAAGUUCCCUGACCAGGGGUUGAAUUGGAGCUGCAGCUGUGGCCUACACCACAGCCAUGGUAACACCAGAUCUGAGCUGCAUCUGUGACCUACAUUGCAGCUUUUGGCAAUGCUGGAUCCUUAACCCACUGAGUAAGGCCAGGGAUUGAACCUGCAUCCUCACAGAGACAGCAUCACUCCCUUAACUCACUGAGCCAUAGUGGGAACUCCCCCUAAUUAAUUUUUAUGUGGAUUUUUUUUUUUUAAGUAGGUGUCAUGUGGGAUUUGUGUUCUGAGAAAUACACUUAGGAAAAUGCUGCCCUAGAGUGUUUCUGCUUGUUUGUGCUCAUUGUAAAGGCUUCCAGUUGUUGGCUGCCCCUCUGGUGAGUGGUGAUAAAAUGAGAAGAGACAGGUUAGGACUUCCUUGGACCAUGGAGUUGACUGAGGAGUGACUAUUGAUUAUUUAGGCACAUGUGAGGCCUUGGAUCAGUCCGGCCCUAUUCCCUUGGACCCAGUUGGCUUGGAUCAGCUGUACAGGUCUGUGAACUGCUGAUUUCAGAGAACUAACCACUUAGGCAUUUGUGAGACAGAGGGAACCAAUUUGGAAUUCCAGAACAAUUUUCCAGACUGUUUCUGGCUGUGCCUUAAAAGUGCCAAAAAGGCAGUGGAUAUUUGUAGCACUAAAGUCAUAACAAGCUGAUUAUUUUACACAUAUAUAUAUGUAUACACAUAUUAUGUCAUAGAAAGUUUACAGUUGCUUCAGUGACAAGAGCAAAGGAAGUUAAUUAUUUUCAAGUUCUAUUACUGAAGACAUGGUCUAAAAAAGGAUGGUAUAUUUGUGUGUACAUUUUCUAGGAAGAGGGUUUAUAGUUUUUUAUUAAAUUCUCAGCAGUUUUUAUGUACUAAAAAAAGCUUUAAACCUCACUAGACCUUCAAAUUUCAGAGACCGAAUAUGUUUGAUUUCAUUUCGAAGUGUGAAACCAGUUCACUAUCAGGUGUAAAAUGCAUUUUGUUUUCUGCAAUGUGUAAGGUUGCAUAUUUGAACCAUACAGUUUGGGUGUGUAUUUGAUAGAAUAUUUGCCAUUGGGUUUGAGUUGUGGUAUAAUGGAGAACAGCUAGCCACGUGAACAGCAGUUGGAUCUUUGUUCUGAUUAUUUAGAUUUCCUCAUGCAAAUUCAGAGAAAUGCCUUUUAAUCACUGAGUUUACAUAUCCCAGAUCCUUGGAAGUCAAGAAGAAAUGACUUGCCAGAAUUCUCAUCGGUCCUAAGCAAGUCAUGCACUAGAGAGAAGGCAAUGCUGGCCAUUCAUUCUCUGGACUGUUGGCUGCCUCCCUUGCAGUGCUGGCAUCUUUAUUACUUGGAGAAGGAUGGAUGAACUCAAGCUUUCAUGUUAAUUGUGUUAAGAUGAGUUUUAUUCUUCUGCUGACUUGAUGUUUUAUUUUGUAAAAUAGGAAAUGAUGUCUUUCCAUUUUUCUCUUCAUCCUAAAGUGGAAACUUGAGGUGUUUGUAACAUAAUAUUAGCUUUUUGGAAGACUGCUAGCAAAGAAGAAAAGUAAGAAACUUAUGUAUACUCAUGAGUAUUGGUUUCGUUCCACCAAGCUAAUCUUGGAAACAUCCGUUGUAGUGUACAUCAUUUGAAACAUCUGUUGUAGUGUACAAAUACUAUAGUUUUGUUAUAAACUAUCCUAAAAUCACAUUUUUGGUCAUAAUUUCAAUAUUCUAGGCUUGCCUGACGUGAACAUAUUUUACUCAGAGACUAUGUAUAGAUACCCAGAAGUGGUGAUGAAGAUCAAUGGUGUAAAGAAUUUAUCCUAAUUAAUGAGAAACUGGACAUAAUGUCAAAAUAGCUAUUUUCACAAUAAAAUCUGAAAUUGCUUGAAUAUUUAUUAA